GAACAAAGAAGAAGGCUGCCUGUCCAGGACUUGGCCUGUUUUAUACCUUAUUGUCUGCCUUCCUUUUCUCAGUGGCCGCUUUAUUUCUAAAAAAAAUUGAAGAUGUACAUUCAGUAGAAGUCAGUGCAUUUCGAUGCAUUUUCCAAAUGUCAUUUGUUCUUCCUGGUUUAAUAUACUAUGAAACAGGUUUUUUGGGACCAAAAGGUAAACGAGUUUUUCUUUUCCUCCGAGGAUUCCUUGGCUCUAGUGCAAUGAUUCUUCUCUACUACGCUUUCCAAGUAAUGCCUCUGGCUGAUGCCACUGUUAUAACUUUCAGCAGUCCAGUUUUUACAUCAUUGUUAGCCUGGAUAUUUCUCAAGGAAAAAUACAGUCUUUGGGAUCUUCUUUUCACGCUCUUCACAAUCACCGGAGUGGUGCUUAUUGCUAGACCACCCUUUCUGUUUGGAUCCAUUGUUACAGGGAUAGAAGGCAGCUAUACAGAUCAUCUUAAAGGGACAGUAGCAGCUGUCACAAGUGCAGUGUCUGCAGCUUCGACUUUUGUUAUACUACGAAAGAUGGGGAAAUCAGUGCACUAUUUUUUGUCUAUUUGGUAUUAUGCAGUAAUUGGAUUAAUUGAAUGCAUUAUAGCACUGUCUAUAAUAGACGAAUGGAGCUUACCACAUUGUGGUACAGACAGACUUCUUCUAAUAUUAAUUGGAAUCUUAGGGUUGGGGGGUCAGAUAUUUCUCACAAAAGCCUUGCAGAUAGAGAAAGCUGGUCCUGUUGCCAUCAUGAAAACAAUGGAUGUGGUGUUUGCUUUUAUUUUACAGAUUCUUUUCCUUAAUCAUAUACCAUCUUGGUGGACAGUGGGUGGUGCUCUUUGCGUAGUAGCUAGUAGCUCUGGAACUGCUGUUCGUAAGUGGCAACAAAAUUCAAAAAAAGCUAAACAAAAUAAAGUCUAGCAAGCUAAACACUCAUUACAAGAACAGAGAUUAGCGAUCUUGGGAAAUAUUUACCAUAAAAUAUUUAUUUUAUUUAAAAUAAUGUUUUAAACUAUAUAUUAUUGAGUUAUCCCCAAGAAAAAGAGUGAGCUGACUUGUGUGGAGUACUGAAGAUGUUUUAAUUAGUUGGUUUUAUAUGUGCUUUUCUGUGGUGUAGAAUCAUAGAAAUUAAGGGCUGGAAGGGACCUUGAAAGAUCACGGAGUCCAACCCCUCUGCUCUGGGCAGGACUACUGCUGAGAUCAAAAGAUCGCAGCAAGGUGCCUGUCCAGUCUCCUUUUGAAGACUUCCAAGGUUGAGGACAGCAUCACCUCCUUGGGAAGUCUGUUCCAAUUCUGGUCACACUUACCUGUAUUUAAUCAGGGAAGAUCUAUGAAAAGUUUCCUCUUUUCUGUCUUAACAGAGAGUAACUUUGAUAGAAGCUUUUAUUUUCCUUAUGCAGGAACUACUAUUGUUCCUUAUAAUCCUGAUUCACCACUUAUACAUGUAGUCAUUAGCAUGUCUGCAAAAUGGGAAUAGAAGACUGCCAUUCUAAUUUGGGAGUCUUUUGCACUCGCUUUGUAGAGAGAACUGAGUGAAAGAUUGAAGACAGUGGAGAAUUAAGUUUUUCGUUCUCUUUCCAUCACUAACUACAUAAGCUUCUAUUUUUUUAAAUGAUGUGGUGACUGCUUUAUAAUUACGUGUACUCAAUAAAGUGUCAGCUCUGUUCAACAAAAGGAAACCAAAAAUUUUCCACAGCACAGCAGACUGGAUCACAAGGCUGACACACUUAGAAGCCUUUGACAUUUUUUUGCACAAAAAUAAAGCCAGGUGUGUAGGAAUUUAUUUUAAUUUUCACUUUGGUCUUAAAUGAAUACAGGCCAUUUAAUCUUUCUGAAUUUUUUUUUUAGGGAAAUGUUGUGGUUUUCUAAUCAGAUUUCUUUUUUACCAAUCUAAAAUCUCCUUUCAGUAGUUUAACUCACACUGUGUCAAUUUAAUGUUACACUUGUGAAUUUUUUAUGGUAUGGAACAUUAUGCUGUAGUUGCACUUUGCUUAAUUCUAUGCAAAAAGAUAUCUUAUAUUUUGAUUAUAUAAGUAUUUAAAAAUAGAUUAUUUUAAAUGCUGUACACCAAUGAUUUUAUUUAAAUAAUUUUAUAAAAAAAUUGUAUGUGCGAAACAGUUGCAUUCUUCUUUGCAGUAAGCCAUAUAUUGAUGCUUUUUCAUAAGAAGCCCUCUCAUUUUUUAUGUUUUUGCUGGCUAACAUGAGAUUUUGAAAUUCCAGAGAAAACACUGGUUAGCCAGGAUCAUAGUGGAGGUUGUACAAAAUGUAUUCUGCACUCAUUGCACAGGCAGUCAUUUUGGUAGACUACUUAUUGAUAGAGAUAUACUAAAAAAAGGCUUACAUUGUGGAGCCCUGUCUUCCACAUGUUUGAGCAGGAAGAAAAUGUUAGUAUAAAAUAUAGAGGGUCUGCAAAAUGAGUUCUCUUUUGGGUCUCAGUCUAACAGCGAUUAAAGAAGUUUUAUAAGGCCCUUUACUCUGGGUCCUGGGGCAUUUUCAGUCAUUUACAGUGCUUCCUCUAAAAGAGGAGAAUGUUGUAUAACUGUGUACAGAAUAUAUCUCACUAGUAGAUAUGUUUUACUAAUGGCUAUGUUCUUAUUGUUAGGCAUGGGUACUUGUGUGUGUAACAUCACUCUGUGAAAUAAUAUUAAACAGCUGCUAUAUACCACCUUGGUAUAGUUUGGGGAUAAAGUGCUUUGACAUGCUUCUCUGGAAGGAUCAGUAUUUAUUUUCCUAGGUUGCUUUUAUUGAAGCCAACAUCAAAACUCUAGGAAAGGGAAUUAUAAUUAAAAAAAAAAAAAAAGGCUAAAAUAUAACAAUUCCUUUCCAAAGUAAAGAAUAAAAAACAGUAUACAAGUUUGUUUCUUAUAAAUUAUGUUGAAAAUAUUUUUGUUUAAAUCUGUGCACUAUAAAAAAUCGCUCUUUACACUUUAAUUGCCUGCACUACUUGACUGAAGAGAGGUCUUUUGUUUUAUUAUUUUAUUAGACUAUUUAUUCUAGUGCUGAACAUAUGCAGAUUUAAAACAGGUGACUUGAUUUAGUAACUUUGGAAAUGCUUUUUCUUGAGUUCUUUCUCAUUUAAAACUUCACCCAGUCUUAAUGGAAAUUUCAUGAAUACUUUUCAAAAACAACAUAAUUCUUGCCAGUUAGCUAACAGUUGAGGGAAAAGGGUUUUUUUUUUUGUUUUGUUUUUUAAAUCAAAAGUUGCAGGAUUUCUUCAGUAUUCUGCCCAAUAAAAAACUCAGUGUGCUCUCUGUUUUGUUAAACCAGGUAUUUCGAGAUCUGAUUCCUGAAUAUCGUUAGCUGCCAUUUAAACCUGUACCGGUUUAGGCCAUGUAACACCUUGUUAGAUAAGGUUUAACUUGAUUCAUAAAUUAUGUAAAAUAAUAUGAGGAGAUUUCAAUUUUGUAUUACACUGUAUUAUUAUUUAAAGAUACAGUACUCAUAUUUUGAUUUUUAAACAUACUUUAGAUCAAAUAAAGUAAUGAUGAAAACCUUAAUUACAAUGAUAUAUAUAAUAUUGAUGUAGUUUGUUCUGUAUAUAAAGUAUGGUUUCUAAGAAUUUACAACCUGCCUUUCCAGAGUCAUUUUUAAGAAUGGAAAUAACUUCAGCUGGGUAUGUUUUUAAGCACCUCAAACUGGAUUUUAAAAAACAAUUUUAAAUGUUUUCCUGCAUUUUAUUGUCAUUUUAAAGUAAUUCCUUUGAUUUUUCUUAGCUUAUUUUAAAAUGUAAUAAUAAUUGAACAUGUUUUUCUUUUAUUGUUGUGCUGGAUAUGCGGGCAUCUGUUUUUAACGGCUUAUGUAUCAGAAUUUUAGCCUGAAACUUGCUUUGAAUUACCAUAUAAUUUUGUCCCAAGUCUUUUUUUCUUCCUCGUCUUUUUAAAGAAACUGUUACUCUGGAAUGGCAGCAAAAUUCUCAGGGUUUUGGGUUCUGUUUCGCUAGGUUUUGAGUUACAAACAUGGUAUUCAUUUUUAAUUAUAUCAAUGUCCUUUAAAACAUUUUUUUAGAAAAUUGGACAUUGUUGUGUCAUUUUUAAGAGUCAUUUUUCCUUUGGUAUGAUUUGCAGUAUUGCUGCAUAUAAUUUUUAGUAAAGAAAGUUAUGUUAUAAUUAACAGAACAUUUGUAACUACUGAUUUCAAGAGCUUCUCAAUUGAAAAAAUAAUAUAUCAUACUAUGUUGCAUUGCACAAAAAUACAGGGUAGAAGUUUAAAUCAUUGCUAGUGCAUCAGGAUUGAUGUGUAUUUUACUAUGCAAAACCACAGUGUAAUCAGCUGCAGUAAUGUCUGUAGGACUUGACAACCUCAGCACCUCAUCCACCUGAAAAGCCUUAUCUACCACGUGAAGCUAAUGGUCCAAACAUAAUAACUCUAGCAAGCCCAACCUGUCAGGGGAAAUUUGGUUGCCAAAACCCCAAGUAAAUCAAAUAUUCCUAUAACAAGAAUUUAAGGAAGUGCAUGGGAAUGUCAAUGAAACUUCUCACAUGAAUUGAGGGCCUGGCUGUCUUCUCCAAAUGUACUUCUAACACAGCACAGGAUUUUGAAGUUAGUGCAACAGUAGGGUUCACUAAACCCCUGCAUAGCACAAUUGGUCGGAUAUUUGUGUUUUCCAACUUCUGUUGGAAUCCUGCAUUUCUGUAUCUGAAUGCUUUUCUAAGAUGGAGAGAGAGCUUCUUGAGUUCACUGGUGAUGAAGAAGUACAUUUUGCCACUUCUAAUAGUUUGACAGGAGGAAAUGUCUCCAUUUUCCUCUCCUUUGCUGAGCUUUAUUCAGUAAUGACCUUCAAAAUAUGUUAGUAUCUAGCUGGAAUAGUCUCUUAAAAUUUCUUUAUUUGAUGCCUGGCAUGGGUCAGACAGGAAGAUUCUGUUUCCCAGCUGCAUUUUAACAUCCCUAGUAAUAUAAUUAUAAAACGCAUCAGAUAAGCUGUGUACUCAUAGGUUGCAUAAGAUUCCCAGCAUCAAUCCCAUGAGCACAACUGCAGGUAUUCAGGGAGGUAGAGUUAAUAAUAUUGAUAUCAGAUGUGCAGUUUGGACUUCAGCAUUGCAUAGCUGCUAUCAGUAGAGUCAUUUUACUAUGACUGUUCUAAGAGAAAAGAGGUAUGUUUGUAAGACUGUAGUCAUGGAGGUGAUAUGGGGACUGUAUAUACCCUAGGGCCAAUAUACUCAUAUACUGAAGUAUUUACACUCAUGCAGUUUUUUAGUAGGUAAUUUUAUAUUUUGUACUGUAGUUUGACAAAAAAUCUGAGAGAAAAUCAGAUAUCUCCCUUUACAGAUUUUAAGAAUUUCUAUAAUGUCUAGAUUUAUUAUGUAGCUUGUAUUGUUAAAUGUAUGUGAAAUUAUGUCUUGUAGAAGUUACUGUUUUUGAUGCAUAGCAGUAUAUUUUUAAAGAUAAAGUAAUUCCUAUAUCUUGAAAUGUUAAACAUAUUUUCAUAAGAGGUUUAUAUUUCAUUAUUGCUAAU